GUCCCACUCCAGCAGGUCCAGGUUUAACACUGACACACUGUUCACUCAGUCACACCCAACACUGACACUAACUCAACAUUCAUCUCUUACAGCUUUAUUCGUGGACACUUUGGGCUUUUUCAGCAAACAUUCUACAGAUGUUUAGUGUUUGAUGUUGUGAUGAUUUAGUUCCAUGUCAGUCAGACCAACAGCUGGACUUUUUCUACCAGAUGUAUUCUAUGUGUAAUUGAACUGAGUUAUGACUGUUUCACAGACUAAGAGAAGGACGAUGGGAAACUCCACACAUUUGACACAUUUCAUUCUAUCUGCUUACUUUGACACCGGGCAUCUCAAAUAUCUAUAUUUUGUGAUUGUUUUGUUGUUGUAUGUUCUAAUGCUUGUGUCCAAUGUUCUGCUGAUUGUGGUUAUCUGUGUGAACAGAAGCUUACAUGAACCUAUGUACCUUUUUCUGUGCAGUCUGUUUGUUAAUGAACUGUUUGGUAGUACAGGGAUAUUCCCAUCUCUACUCAUUCACAUACUCACAGACAUUCACACUGUUUCUGCUUCACUUUGUUUCCUGCAGAUUGACUGUAUAUACAGUUAUGUAAUUGUUGAAUAUUUAACCUUAGCUGUCAUGUCAUAUGACCGAUACUUUGCCAUCUGUCAUCCUCUACAAUAUAACACACAUAUGACCAGAAACAGGAUUUUUAUGAUAGUUAUUGUACCGUGGUUUUAUGGUUUUCUUGUUUGUACUGUCAUGAUUUCUGUAACUUCGUCUUUACAUCUGUGUGGACGCAUUAUUAACAGAGUGUACUGUGUUCAUUACUCAGUUGUUAAGUUGGCCUGUUCUGACACUACAGCAGUUAAUAUUUAUUUACUUAGUUUCGGUUUUAUCAUCGUUUCAGCUCCAUCUUUUUUAAUCCUCUACUUGUACAUGAGGAUCCUUAAAGUGUGUUUUUCUGGAUCUAAACAGACCAGACAUAAAGCUGUCAGUACCUGUACACCUCACCUGGCUUCGCUGAUAAACUUUAUUUUUGGGUGUUGUUUUGAAAUAAUAACCAGCAGGUUUAAUAUGAACCAUGUUCCCAACAUACUGAGAAUAUUUCUAUCACUAUAUUUUCUAAUAAUUCAACCACUGUUUAACCCUUUAAUGUAUGGUCUGAACAUCUCAAAUAUUAGAAUCUGUUGUAGAAAGUUGCUUUUUGCUCAGAUGUAG